AUGUUUAGAGCAAUUUUAUCAAUAUUUGUAUUGAUCGCGGUAUCUAAUACAGUUCGUGGAAUUCCUGUAAUAUUAAAAGGAUCAUCACCUUCUGGUGAUGCAGUGGUGACGAUAUCAUCAAAUGACCCUGCAGUAGUGAAGUAUAUUGAGUCUAAAUAUCCCUCCAAGCCCGGCGUCCCCAGGAAUAUCGUGACGAACAAUCCUGAAGAGCUCAUACAAGGCAGCUUCAGUUACGCAGCCCCCGGACGAGCUAUAGCUGGCACUGGCCGUAGUAUUGUGUCCACGGCUGCAAUAAAUCCAUUUGUGUCACCCCUGCUUUUCGCUCCAUUGAAUUUAGAAGGACUGGGACUUGGUGAAUUUGGGCAAUUGAAUAACUGGUUUAGGGGUGUCAACCGAUUCCCAGAUUCGCGGUUUGGUGGCAACGGUGAAAUCAAGACAGUCUCAGCAAUAAACAACAAUGGCCAUGUUUAUCGUAAUGUGAAAACCAUAACAUUUAAUAGACCUAAAAGUAACUAACAAUUUUAUAACAAUACCUAUUAUUUUAUUUUGAUAUGGCAUGCGAUGAAAUAAAGUUUUUAUUUAA